CUGCUCAAUGACAAUCAAUGCAUUUGUAUGAUUAUUUGCGAAUUGCACUUAGACUUCACUAAAAUUCAUUUAGUUUACUUAAAUUUUUUAAACUUAGUUAAAAACUUUAUGGCUAAUUAACUUAGACUUAGACCGAUUUUGAAUUUUCAAAACUUAAAUAACAAUCAACGAAUUUCUUACAAAUAAAAAUAAUGAAAAAUGGAAAGUAAAGAAUCAAAACGUGCAAUUGUUUGAAUUGGCAAUGGCAAUAGUAUGGUAGGCCUACUAUAGUACCAAAAGAUUCUCAUAAAAUAUAUGCAUUGCAAACUAAUUCAUACCUAUGCAGAUGCAAUAGAACAGCCAAUCUGAAAAUAAUGUUAGUCAUUCAGCGAAAUAUAAAUUUUGAGUCAACAUUUAAUGUAUCGCUUCCGUCUUCGUCAUCAGUUUAUGUGCUCAAAGUGCCCAUCUUAAACUUUUGUUAUACAUUUUCUACCUUCAGUAACUUCUUCUUCAGAAGAGUUGUAAGGUAUCUAAGUAAAUUGUUUAUACUUCCGGUAAUUAUUGUAAAGUAUAAAAUUGUUCUAAAAAAUGGCGUUGCCUAAUAUUUUUGUUUACACAUCAUAGGAAAAUAGGAUAUAGUCUUACAUAGACAGUUAGUAAUAAUGAUGAUGAUAUGCAUCGUUUUAGAUAUAAUAAUCAUUAUCAUCAGGCUCAAGGCUUGACUGUUUGACAUAGAAAUAAAAAAUAAUGAAAUUGUUUUUUUUGUUUUUUUAAAAUUCAGUGGUCGUGCGUUGACAAUGACAAAUGAAUCGAACUCGAAUGAACUGGGUCAUGGGGCUCAUAAAAAGGGGUGGGGUUGGGUAUGGUCGUCAUCUGAAACGCGGCCGGCUCCUCAAAAUAAACUGUAAACUAUUUAGUAAAACAAUUAAAACCUUAUCAUGCCUUACUCAACUUACUGACUGUCCUUUUCCUACCUUACUUUAGGACUAGGUCACUUAGAUCUCUAAUAAAAACCAAUGAAACUAUAGGAGUUGACACUUACACUUGCUUAGGCUUAACUUUUAGUUGUAUACACUCAUUUUUUACAUAACUUAUAAUUAUAACCUUGUAUGGCAAAUCAUCUAAGAGAAGGAAACUCUGAAUCAAAACCCGGUGAGAAGGAGUCCCGUAGGCGGAUACAUGAUUAAUGCAAUGAAAAUUCCUCCAACUCUUGCAACGCAGUCUGGUACCAAGCUGUAUCAUCCAUAUAUGGUGUUCCCUUGGGCUUUCCAGGUGUGUGAAGAGAGGCAAUUUGCUGUCCAGGGAACCAGUUUAUAGUCCUAAAGAAAAAAAUCCCAGGCCUUGUGAUUUGAUCCUGACAAGUCACACCAUUGUCGCAUUGUGAUGAAGGGAUGCCAGUAAAAAAUAUUUUUAAAAAAAUUAAAAUUAUAAGUCUGCAGUCUAUGCGAGUCUAUUUAAUUUGUUAUUCAUAAUGACAUAAUCUAUUCCAUAAUUAUUUUAAAAAAGGACAUGAGAAUUAGGUAGGGGGUGGGGGAAAUGCCUUCCUUUCUUUAAUAGAAAUCAUUUUUGACAUACAAAGAAAAAACAAAAACUUAACCCUCCAGACCAAGGUCGGGGUAUUCAACACAACAGUGAAACCUGUCUUGCUCUAAGGAGCAGAAACAUGGCGAACAACAGCAGCUGGUUCAAAAAAGCUACUGACGUUUAUCAACUCAUGUCUCCGAAUGAUUGUAUGAAUCUGAUGGCCCAACGUCAUCACCAACGAAGAACUCUGGCAGCGCACACAACAAGAACCAGUGGAAGAGUUAAUCGGCCUGCGCAGAUGGAGAUGGAUUGGCCACACCCUCAGAAAGCCUGCAUCAGGUAUCACGUGACAAGCCCUCACUUGGAACCCCCAGGGCAAGAGACAAAGAGGGCAAUCCAAAACAAGAAGAAGAGAAGUGGAGGCAGACACCAAAAAGAGUGGGCACAACUGGGGACAGUUGGAGAGACUUGUCCAAGACUGGGAUGCCUGGAGAGCCUUUGUUCGUGGCCUAUGCCCCAGAUAGGAUGACAGGCGAUGAUGAUGAUGAUUUCAAAAUGAUCAUAAGGAUGCUUCCACUGCGGCGCUGUCACAUGUCCUUCGAUUUUUCGGUUGUGUGCCCUCUGCAUCGAAGGUUGAUAUUGAUAGUAACAUUUUUCCACAACACAAGAUAGUUACAUUUUUCCACAACACAAGUAAUAGAAAGGAAAUAAUUGAAAAGUGUAUGACACAACAUAUUCAUCUUUUGAAGUUUUCACACAACAGAGAAAAAUAAGUGUAUGGUUAAUGUGACAUCCUCUGUCUCAUUGUGUAAAAGGAUGUUGUCAUUGUUAAAAGUUACCUAUCAACCAUUGACACAAAAAGAGAAACAAUAGCACUGUUUUGUUAAAAUAGAAAUCCUUAUUAAAGAAAUGAUAAGUAUUGGGAUGUUAUUUGUCAUAAAUGGUGAGAUGUUGUGAAAUGUUUUUUGAUUAAUGUGCUUCUGAGAUUGUGUAAGGUGGAAGGAAUGCAUUUCAAGUGAUGGAAAAUGCCUGGAUUUGGAGAUCAGGGGGGUGGGGGGUCCAAGGAAAGUGUUAAUGAGAUGGCACAUGCUGUUUGAGUUCAGUCUGGCAUUCAUAGAGACAUAACUUACUCACCAUUAUUCGGAGGAUGGACGCAUCAUGGUGUGGCCCUGUGUUGGGAUAUAUGGCACUUCUACUGAAAUCCCAUUCACAAAUGUGUCUGCUCUUACAAAAGGGAUAUAGCCAGACUCCUCUCAAAGGUUCUUAUGUUGCCAACUUGAUGUCCAAUGAGAGACAUAAUAAAAGCAUCAUUGUCAUAAUAGAGAGAAAAUUGUUUUGAAUUUACUAGAUUUCUUUUUAUAUGAAAUUAAAAUAGGAUGGGGAAAAGAAAUCAGAGAAAAUGUAGCAGAAAACUUAGAAAUACACCUUAAAAAAUAUGCCAUUCAGAAAAACUAACUCAAGAAUAAGUUAUGGUCACAAAACUUAAUGUUAUUAUUUUCAGUACUGUCACAGCCAAACUUAGAAAAUGUGUUUCAGUAUAAAGAUUUAGUCAAUCUCUAUGAAUAUUUAAUCCAAUGAACUUCAUAGCUCAAAACAUUUAUCAUGGUACAAAUAGCUGUCAUUGGUGCAGGUCAGAUGGGUGUGAAAAUAGCAGGUAAAAAUAAUAUAUAAAUUUAUUUUUAAAUUAAAAAAAAUUUUAAAUUAAAAAAAUUAAAAUUUGAUGUCUGUUGUUUUAAAUAAAAUAUCAUUUUAUUUAAAAAUAACUUAAUUCUAAGUAAAAAAAAAAAAUGCUUAUCAAUGUUUUAUUUUACUCUAAAAUUUUAACUAUAAAAUAAAUGAAAUCAUGUUAUCUAGAUUAUUUGUUUGUAAUAGGCCUUUUAUAUAGAAAUUUUUGACAUUAUUGUAUCAAUAUGAAUUAAUACAUCUUUUUUUUUUAAUGCAGGUGAAUUUGCCUACCAUGGGCACAGGGUAAAAAUCUAUGACAGUAAAGUUGAAACAUUAAAUAAAGUUUACACUGUUCUGGAAGAUGACAAAAAACAACUCUACCUAGAUGGUUUGCUUCCACAGAAACAUUUCUUGGUAAACACAUUUUACAAAAUUGGAAGUAAAAAAGGUUCAGCUGCUGCUUUUCAAAGUGACAUUUCUUUCAAAUUAUGAAGUACUAAAAUGAAUUAAAACUAAUUAAAAGAAACUAAUUAAUUAUUUCUGAAAACAAUUGGGGUGAAGCUUUAUUCAUAGCAGAUUGUAUUGCUGAAUGAUACUAGGUCCAAAACAAAUUAGGUAUAUUAUUUUUUUCUGUUAAAAAAAAAAAAAUCUGCUUUAAUGCUUUUCUUUAUUGUAUUUUCACGUAUUUCACUUGCUUCCUACAUUAUAAUUAGGGUCAAGUAUUCUGUAUGAGUCACCUGGAGGAAACAGUAAAAGAUGCAGAGUUUAUAUUUGAAGUUGCCACAGAAAAUUUAGAAAUAAAACAAGAUCUCUUUGAGAGUAAGUUUUACCCACUAUAAGUUGCUGCCAGGGGCCAAAUGUUUAUACACCUUCUUGUGUAGAAUAAAAACACAUGUAAAGUGGGGGAAAAUAAUAUUUUAAAUUUAUCUGCUAUCAAGAAUAAGAGUUUUUAUUUGAAUCUGAGGCCCAUGAGUUCUGUUUAGGUUUAUGGGACGUCCAUAAAUGAUGUCACACUAUUUUUACCAAUUUAUGUCCCCACCUGUCAAAAAUUUGUUAUAAAAAUUUAGACACCUUUAUUUCACAAGGUCACAAAUUCAUGAUCCUCACUUCCCCUAGAUGACCCUUAAGGUAGUUUACUAAUGUAAAAGAAUUAUACAAUUUCAUUUAUGACUGAACUAAAAUUUAAUAUUCAGGGUCUACGGUUUCACCCAACACAUGGAUGAACCUCUUCUUAAAAAUAAUGUUCCCAGAUCAAGAGCAUAGUGUAAGACCAUGCUGUAGAUUCUUUAAACAUCUGUGCUAAAUUCCAGGAAUCUCCCAUUGCUGUAAAGAGGAUGCUGUUAUUGCAAGCAACACUAUGCAGAUUGAUAUCAGUCAGAUUAAUGAGAGGGCGCUGAACCAAGAAGUAAAGCACCAAGUGUCUGUCCUCUACAAAUACUGGGUCUUUUGAAUUUGUUUGUCAAGUCAAUUCAUUGUCUUUUUUUAAAAAAGAAUUACCUUUUAUUGAAUUAGUUUUUUUAUGUGAUAUUAAAUUAGAAAAGUACCGGUACCUUCUGUUCUGCCAAAGUUUUGUGACACAUCUUUUUUGGUCAGUCUAAUAACUUUAUUUUCAAUUUUUUAAUAUUGGUUUCAACUGCAUGUUGAAUUAAGAAGUUUCAGUUAAGAAAAUGUUUUGCAGAAGAAAUAAUAGCAUGAGGAACAGAAGAUUCAGGUAGGCCUAAUUUCCCUACUAUUAUAAUACAGAUAGAUUUGAUGUUCUUGGUAUUUUGUAACUUUGUUCUCAUCAUUGUAUUACAGAGAACCUUAGCUGUUCGUUUUCUGUUCCCUGUCUACUAUAUUCCUGAAGUAGAAAUAUGUCCUGCUAAGCAAACAGAUGGACAAGUUAUUGAGAAAGGUGAAAAUUGUUUUUACUUCGGGUGUUAUUAACCGUGGGAUACUUCUUUUGUUCCUGUGCUUAAACUGUUUUUAAAACUGUGCUCAUUAAGUGGCUCUAUUUUUUUAUUGACCAUUUGAAUGUGUUAGAUUGUUUAUGUAACCUACACCUGGCAUUUUGAAACUGGCUCAUUUGUUGUUUUGUGUGAUCAGUGAUUUGUUCAAAUGUAGGAUUACUAGACUUCUUUGAUAAGUAUCAUGAUGUCAGUUAAACUGAUUUUAAUUGUCAAGCAUUUACCAAGCAGCAGUUGUGUCAUUUACUUGCCAAGAUUCAAUUUUACCAACUGCUUUUUUUUCUUCUUUUGCAGUGCGAAAGAUGAUUGAGAGGAUGGGAAAAACAUUAUUUUUUAGAUCUGGCCAACAGCCUCUAAUCCUGAAUGAGCAGCAGAGGGAGGACAGAAAGAAAGGUAAUAUUUAAGGAAUAGCUUAUUUAUUCCAUCAAAAAGAGAAAAAUCUUUUUUUAAAAAAAAUCUUAUAUUGAUAUUUAUAAAUCAUAUAAACACAAAUGGCAUUUAUUGUGCUUAAUUUAAACCACACUUACAAAAAGUAUUAUUAUAAAGCUAGUAGUUUUGUUUGGAACUUGUUUGAUUUUAUAUGAGAUAACUUUUAAAAAGAGAUGAUUUCAUUAUUUAUUUAAAAUAUAGCUUCUCCUUAGAAUGAUAUUGAUAGUACCUUACAGUGUGCUUUUGUAUAGAAUUUAUUUUUUCUCAGCUCGCCAAGAGGAAAUCUUAAAUUCUUCAGGAGUGGGGACAUAUCUGGACCGCUCUAUACCGGCAUUACAUCAUAUUGGUAAUGACAGUGUACAAAAAUUUCAAAAUGAAGGUCAGUUGCUAGCAUUAGUCAAAUGGAUUAAAGUAUGCAACUUAAGUAUAUCUCUAAUUGUUCAAGUUUUAAAAAUUUUUGUUUAAUUAAAAGCUUUUUAACUUUGUAGGAAAAAAAAUAAAUAAAAUUGUAAUUUAUGUAAUGCGAUCACAUAAUUUUCUAGUCAAAUGCUUAUUUUUAACUUCAUUAGAUUGCCAAGAGUUAUUUUAAAAAACCAUACACAAAAAAUACAUCAAUAAACUAUUUACUUUUAAUGCUGGUAUUUUAUUUCAUAUUUCUCAAAAUAGAUUCUAUUUUCCUCCCAUGUUAGACACAUUUGCUUUUUUAAAGGGAUGCCAUAAAUCUUUUUUUUAAAUUUUGAAAUCAGUCAUGAGCUUUGAACAAUUUUAAUUAAUGCGCCAAACUUUUUAACCCUGCUACAGCCUCAGCAAUAAUUCCAAGCGACCUGGACAGGGAUUGUGCCAUUUGUAUGGAUAGGCUGCGAGACUGCUUGUUUACCCCAUGUCAUCAUAUGGUCACCUGCUACCAAUGUGGAAAGACAUUACAAGACAGGCAUGAUGCAUGCCCCAUUUGUAGGAUGGACAUCAAAGAAAUAGUCAAAGUGUAUCACACAUGAAUAUUUAUAUGCAUGACUGAAGAAUACAUUAAUUGUUUUUAUUUGUAGAAAGCUGGUUUCUUCUUUCAAUUUAAUACACAGACCAGUGAUGUUGUUCAUCAGUUUGGAUAAUCUGAGAAACUCCAUAUUUUAAUUAAAAAAAUAAUCAUUUGUUCCCUGUUUCAUCAGGUUAUGGUUCUUGCUGCCAAGGAUGUGAAUGAGUAUUCAGACUAUAAAAUGUUUCCCUUUUUAAACAAAAGCUUUAAAUUAGGAGGGAAAAUAUAUGCUGUUUUUUGGUGUAGUAUUUAAGCAACAGAAGCUACACAGAAAUAAUGAAGGAUUGUUUCCCCUUGCAAAGUAUCGCAAAUAGUUAAUUAUUCACUUGGUAUGUGUGUGUCUGUGUGGCAGUAAUGGUGUGUUCAGUAGGCGUACAAAGUACAAUUUUUUAUUCCCAAAAGUUUUUACUAACUGAUACAUUUUUAUUAAGUGCAUUACCUGAAUGCAUGCUUUGUGAGGUAACUUUAGAAGAUGGGAAGUUCACACAUUGCCCCCGCCAUUGUUUGGCAGGUUCUUUCCAGUUUUUCAUAAUUUUCAAAAGAUGCUGAAGUGUGUAACAAAAUUAUUUUUAAAAAAGAACCUUGCAAACACUGUUGGUUUUUUUUUUAUGGUCUUUUUAUUUUGCUCCUACUAACUCUAUUGUAAGCAUUACUUUAAUUUUUCAUAUAGACAUAUCAAGGAUAUGUCCCACUGAAGCAUCACAUAUUAUGAUGAUGCAUGUCAAUUAAGUUUUAACAUUUCAUGUUUCCUUACUUGCAUGCCUUAACAAAUGACAUAGACACAACUGGAGUAUUGCAGUCAAUGAUCAUGUAAUGUUUCAUGUAUUUUAAAUUUUCUUACAUUAAUAGUUGUACUAGCUCAUGGAAUUUCUAAUAAUUGAACUUUGAUAAAGAAGCAGUUAAAAGUUAAAGUUGUUUUUUUUUGUGUGCAAUAUCUUUAUCUACUUAUUUAUCAGCAGUUUAGUAAAACUUUAAUAAACAUCUUAUUUGUAACACAUU